CUCAUUCCCUCCGCCAUGUUUAUGUUCUGAUUCUCUGCCGAUGGUGGUAAACAACGUUAGCUGUAGCAUUAGCUUGAUUUAAACACAAAGGUGUAAACAUUUCAAUGUAUUCUGCAAUUAUAUAGAAUUGCACUUACACGGAGGGAACAGUAUUGCGUCAUGGCGGCCAGCCCCCGAGAUGAUGACUUUGAAGAUUAUGAUAAACCAGGUGCAGAGAGAUCACGCAGGAGGAGAGGCGAAGAUGAUGAUUUAGACAGUGAAUUUGAUGGUGAUUUGCUCGAUGAGGAUUGGCUGACAGCCAAAAAGAAUCCCUCAGAAGUGUCAGAUGAGGAAUUGAACGACGACCUUCUGCAAAGCGAUGACGAAGAUCAAAACAUCGGCCAGGGCGUUAGCCUCAAUGCUACUCUAGGCGAAUUUGACCAGCAGGUGAACCCCGUAGACUACACAGACGACCUAGGAGAUGUAGAGAGGGGCUACCAGCAGGAGGGGGGAGAGUACGUGGAUGAGUACAGCCAGCCCGAUGACAUGGAGAUGCCAGACGGCCAAAUGGAAUACUCAGGAGAACAGGCCGAAGGCGACGGGAUUUACCAGGACGAAGUGUUAGACAUUCAAAUCAAUGAGCCUCUAGACGAUGAAUUUCAAGUGGAUGAUUACUCGGCAACCUACAGAGAUGGAGAACAACCGGAGCAUCUAGAGGAGCAGGCAGAGCAACAGGAAGCACCGGAGGGGGAAGAAGAGGAAGACUCUCAGCUUGCAGAGGAGGCUGAAAAUGAACCAGAGCCAGAGGAAGAAGUGAAGGAGGAGGAAGACGAGGACGAAGAGGAAGACGACGAUGGACAGUCUGGCCGGUUGCGUUUCAAAACGGAGCGCAAAGACGUCACGUCUGGCAUUGUGCGGCUGGCAGAUGCAGCAAACAAAAGAAGAAACAUUCCUGAAACAUUAGAACUCUCUGAAGAGGCCAAAGCAGACCUGAUGGAGUUUGAGGAGAAGGAGCGCCAGAGGAAGCAGGGCCGCUUUGGGGGCCGAGGAGGAAGAGGAGGAGAGAGAGGAGGAUUCAGAGGACGAGGAGGAAGAGGGGGGUUCCCCGGAUUCGGGAUGGGAGACUUUGGUGGAGGAAGAGGACGAAUGAAUGACCAGAGGCUCCCAAUGAUGCCACUGCAUAUGGGCAUGCAGCAGUCUCCCUCCAGAAUGCCUCCCCCUCACCACCAAACUCAUCAGCAGCACCAUCGCCAGGGCGGCCCCGGUGGCCCCCGAGGGCCUCUUUUCCAGGAGCACAGUGGGGGCUCGCUGGCCCAGCAGCCCCUGCAACCCCUCAUCCCCCAGCACAUGGCCCACCGUAGCUCUCCCUCCUCACACGGGGCACCAGUCAGGCCCCAGAUGGACCCGCCUCCCCGCAUGAUGAGUCCCCCUCCUUCACACAACCACCCCCACCAGCAACAGCAGCAGCAGCAGCAGCAGCAGCAGCAGCAGCAGCCCAAGAACAUCCACAUCAAUCCCCAUUUCAGGGGCCCAGCGUCCUCCCCUGCACAAGUGCCCUUGAUGCCUCCUGCCCAGAGCCAGCCCAGACCUGCUGCGAGUCCUCAGAGGUUCCCUGGAUCAGGGGACUUCCAGCAGCAGCACAUGCCUGGUAAUUUUGGCCAGCCGCCCCAGAGGCCCCCCCAUCACAUGGAGCCCUGGAGGAACCAGCCUCCCCCCGCCCCCCAGGACAGAGAGCCCUUCUUUAUCGGGGACCCAGGGCGGUUCCCUGGGCAACAGCAGCACAUGUUCGAUCACCAGAACCCUGGCUUACUCAUAAACAGUAACAACCAUCAGAUCCCCAGCCAGGGCCACAUGGCCUUCAACCAGCCAGGCCUAGGAGGGUUCAACCAGCCAGGCCAGGGUCCAGGGGGCCAGCUAGGGCUGUUCCAGAGAGAGCCCCCCAGACCCAAUCUGCCUCCCCAGGGCCACCCCCAGGGCCACCCCCAGGGCCACCCCCAGGGCCACCCCCAGGGCCACCAGGGCAUGGCCAGCCUGACGGGGCUCGGCGGACCCCCCAACACCAGGCCCUUCAUGGGCCACAUUCAGCCCGGGUUUCAGCAGCAGCAGGUGCCCCCCGGGCCCUUCCCCCUGCAGCAGCUCCAGUUUGGGAUGCAGGUACGGAUGAGAGGCUUGAUGCAGCACGGCCCUCCCCACUCGCACCUCCAGCAUCACGACUUGCCUCUCUCCCAUCAACAACAACAGCAGCAGCACCACAGACAGGACCUGUCUCAGCCGCCCCCCCACCACCACCCACAGCACCAGCUCCACCCCAACGAGCAGCGGCAAGGCCCCAUGAUGCACCACGGCGGUGGGCAGGGCCAGCCCCUCUUUCACCAGAUGCAGCAGCACGGCAGCCCCAGACAGACGCACCCUGGCGGACCCCACCCACAGCAACGGAACGCCCCCAUCAGGCCCAGGAUGAACCCUCCUGCACUGAAAGUCCUUCCCCAGCGCAACAGCAACCUCCGCGAGCUCCCCGUGGCACCUGGCAACCAAAACAUGAACAAUGUCCGCCCCGCCUCGGCGCCCAACGUCAGGCCCGUUGCCAGGGCAAUGCAGUCGGGGGUGCGACCGAGCCUGAACGCUUGGCCGGUCCCCGGCAGUGGCAGAGGGAGAGCCCAGCCUACUGUUGCCAACAAGGCUGCAGCACAGCUACCUGGACCACCUGAAAGAACGGUGGUUCGCAGGGAUUCCACAGGCACUCAGCCAAACAUAGCAGUACAGGAUCCCGAUGAGGACGAAGAGACGCGGCAGUACCGUCUGAAGAUCGAGGAGCAGAAGCGACUCCGGGAGGAGAUCCUGAAGAGGAAGGAGAUGAGGAGGCAGAUGCAAGCCGGCGUCCGCAAGAAGGAGCUUCUGGAGCGCAUCAACGGCCAGGGUGACCCACAACAACAGCAGCAGAGGCAGUUUCCACCUAAACCCCAACAGCCCCAGCAAGGUUCUACUGCCUUCCCUCCCAACGGCACUCCACCGACGGCCCCCGCGCUCCGCCAGAACGUGAAGACCCGCCUGCAGAUGACCAAGGGCCAGGGUCAGCAAGCCCCAGCGCCAGGCUGGCAGGGGGGCCAACAGGCGCAGAACAUGGGCCCUGGUCCCAACCCUACCCAGCAGGCCCAGCAACAACAACAGCAGCAGAGGAGGAACGUUACCCAGCUGAACCCUAUCAGACCAGGGGGGCCCACUGCCCUGGGGAACAUGCCCAUGCAGGGAGCCCUGAUGGCAGGUCUGAGUCCAGGCCAGGCCCAGGCUCUGGGGCCUAAGUCAGGGGUGAAGAGAACUGUGAUGCAGCGAGCCAAUAGUGGAGACAGAGCGGGGCCACACAUCCCACAGAAAGUCAGAGUUGUCAAGCUUCUAGGAGGGGGAGCAGAUGUGAUUGGUAUCAGCGCCCCCAUCCAGCAGCAGCAGGCCACCAGGCCAGCCCCCCAUCUCCGCCAGGGCCCAGUGAGGAAGAUAACCCUGGCCAACCCCCCCGGAGGACAGCCCAUACAGGGCCUGGUCACACAGGGGGACAGAGGGGGCCUGGGCAACAGGGUGGUUGUCCCGGGGCGUGGCAGAGCCAGAGGGGCAGCGGGGGCAGGAGGAGCGGGUCAGCUGGGGUGUGGGCGUGGCAGAGCCAGAGGGGCAGCGGGGGCAGGAGGAGCGGGUCAGCUGGGGUGUGGGCGCCUGAUGCCCACCAGACAGAAUCAGCGAGGGGCGGGGACGGGGGACAGCCAGGCCUGCACUGUGUCCAUAGACGGCCUGUCUACAUCCACCACGGACACGCAGCUCCAAAACCUGCUCAACUCCAUCGGCCCCAUCCAGAUGUUCAAAAUGCUGCCCCAUCAGAGGAAAGCUAUUGCCAAAUUUCACAAUCCCCAGCAUGCCCUGAGUUUCCAAGUCAGCUUCAACAGGCAUAUGAUAGAUUUGUCGCACAUUGACGUGUCACUGAUUGACGGCUGAAGCGAGCGGUAGAGGGAGGAGGCGAGCGCCCGGUGCGGGGACGUCGCGUCAGAUGCUUAUUCAACCUUGAGGCUCCCGUGUACAGCUCCUUCAGCUAGAUGUAACCACGUCCCUAUGGAACACUAACCUACACCGUACCCUCAUCCUCCUCACAACAAGCACCCCCAACCGCCUGGCCUGCGGACUAUCUACUGUGGAAAUCCUCAGCACAACGCAGCAUGUCUUUUUCUCCUCAUGGUUGAAUUGCGGUCAAGGGGGGAGGUUCAAUGCCGGUUUCAUGUGACAAUAUGUUCACGGUCGCCGGUCUGGUGACAUUCAAACUGUGACAGAAGAAAUCUGAGAUAUGAGAAAAGGUUUGAGUAAAAGGUUUGUGCAUCGGGCACUUACGACAACAAGAAGUAGUGGCUGACACUGGAUAAUGGUUGCUCCCAUCCUCGGCUCAGUUGUGAACACCAUCGAUAUCAACAGUUAGAGAGAAGAGAUCUGGAGAUCUGCCUGUGUAUAGGCUAUUGUUUUAAGCUGUACCUCAAGAUUUUGCUCAUUUUUCUGAACAGGUCUUUUGGAUUCGAGGAAAGCUACUGAGUAAAACAGGUGUAGAAGAGGAGCGAGGCUUGCCACUAUGUUGUUUCCCUUCUGGCAGUGCCAUUUUCCUCCUAUAGAUGGCAGCAUUUGAUAAUGAUUGUGUACAGUAUGGGGGGGCUUUUUGGGUAGGGCCCUUCCUCAAGCAGCUGGGUAAAUGGCAUAGUUUCUGGGUAAAUGGCACUGCCUAGUGGAGAACAUGUAGGAUCGUAUUAAAGCCAUUAACAAGAAUUCUGGUCAAAUGCAGUUUGAGGGUAUGACGAUGGGGAUGAUUCAAACUUACACAUGCGUCAGGUAAUGGUUCCAUGGAUUUUUGUUCGAAUAGAAUCUAGAUUGACUGGCCAUACAAAAUAAAGUAAGAUCUUAUUCCUAACAUUUAAGACUGGAUAACAUGGAUAAUAGUGUCUAUAUGUGAGGUUUUCUUCUGCACUUUUAAGUUAAUUGACGUUAACUGGUAUACUGGUUCCAUUUUCCUUCUCACUCUAAAGAGUCCAUUUUGGCCGGUAGCAUUACUUGAUCACUGAGCUUUUAAUUUAGUCUUUUAAUUGGUUAAACACGAGUAGGCCGCCUACAUUGGUGCGAUCUCUAAAUGGGUUUUAGACAUUAUUUUACUUUUCUGAUGCACUCAACUUUAGUUUUGUAUAUUUUUUUAGCAUAUUCUGAUUUCAUUGGUACAUGUCAGGUUUAGUGGGUGUGCUCCAGAAUAAAUUAUCGUUACAAGUUCUAUUUUAAAGAUUUUUGAUUGUCAUGGUCCUUUGGGAUAAUGAUUGAAAUGCUGAGUAUGGCUGGUAGGCUAUAAAACUAUGUCAACAAUAUCUUUCACAGAUUGAUUGGAAAAAGAAAGACCUUAUGAAGCUUCCCGAUUUUUGCAGGGUACAUUUUUACAUUGUAGCAGAUUUGUUUAAGUUGCUAUAAAUUCAUAUUUAUCUGUAUUGGAUUACUGAUACAAUGAAUGUUGUUGGCCGAUUUCUAUUAUGAAAACUAUUGAUAUGGCUCAUUUAGGAACAGUUGGAAGCCUGGUUUGGUCUGAUUUGCAUGCCUUUCUGACUAGCUGAUAUUCAUAUAGAGCUAUAAUUUAAUAGUAAACUUUCCUUUUGAUUUAAUGGUAAAACAAGGAUACUGGUUUGUUGUUUUUGUGAUUGGCCAGAGUUAAAAAUGUCGUAGCAGUCUUGACAAUCUCUUUGUAGUUUAGCAUUCUGAUAAGAACACCAAGCCGCAAAAGGAAAGAGGACGUUUGUGUUUUGUUUUACUUUCCAGAACAAAUUGAUUUACAAACUCUUUCUAUGCUGAGUGAUUAUCUAGAUUAAUGAACACAUACAUAACACACACACACACACACACACACACACACACACACACACAGGUCUUUUGAUGUCAUGAAGAUGUUCCCUUCCUUCGGUAGUUAAUUUGAUUUAGUAUUGAUCCAUUUCAGGUUUACGGAAACCUGGUGUCUGGUGCAGCAAAGUCCAAUUUACUUCUGAAGACAACGUAGUACAUUUCAGUGUUGCUGGAUCACGGUCUAGUGAAGUUUUUAUUUUGAAAAUAUUGUUGACAUUUCCUUGCUUCCAAAAGUGGCAAACCUCGAGUAAUAAGAUAUGAGAAUAGAACAGUCGCAGUAUAAUUACAUUAUUUUGUAUAUUUUCGUUCAAGUCGUUCAGAGCAAUACAUUUUCGGAAGGUGUGGGGGCAACCAUUAUCAGUGUAUUAGUAAUGUACAUAACACCAAACAAGUAGAACUUUCACCGAAUGUUUAUUGCUGUUCCAAACUUUUUGAGUUCUCAUUAUGUGCUUUGUUGUAUCAAGUUAACUUUUUAUAUAUGUCUAUAUAAAAAAACAACUGAUGUGUCCAGACUUGAAUUAUUCUACUAGUGUUUCAUUUGUGUGUUGAACCGAAACUAAAGAGACCCUGGACCCCGUUUCUGUUUGUUGAUAUUUGAAGGCUUUUUUUUAAGGGGAAAUAAAUAAAAUAUGGCCUAUAUAUAUACCAUGAAGAUAUGGGUAUGUGAAGCCGAUUUAACUUCUCCAGCCCACAACUUUGUCUGUGUGUCUAAUGUCUAUGUGUCUUGUGCUUUACGAUGAAGCUCAAUUCUGAUGCAAGCUGUCAUUCAUUGUGAUCUAAUAUUUUUCUUAAGGUAUUGUUUCGUUUUUAUCCCCCCUGGUAUUGUUUCUUGCAUUGACUCCCCUCCCUGUGCUGUGUUUUACCAAAUCCUUUAACAAUUGCCUGUUGCGCAAUGAAACUUGGGAUCUAGGUGUAUCAGUAAGAUGAGGUACUUUUUAACGUAGGUUACAUAUUUCCAUUACAUGCCAAUUUGGUACAAUAAUAUGCCAUUAUUUGUGGCAAGGAAUCUAUUGUAGUAAUUUAUUUGAGUAUACUUAUUCAUAGUAUAUAUUUAAUUACCCUCCAACACUCAGCACUGAUAAUUUAUAAAGUAUUUUAAAUGCUAAUAGUAUUAGCUGUAAGUCUAAAUCUUGCCGUUUCCUGCGAGACAUAGAAGGGUACAGUUUUUAAGUGGUUUUGUUUGUCAUUGUUCCCCUUUCGUGGUUUCACUUUGACUACUGACCUAGUUUUGUUUUGUUCCUUUUGUUUGCUUUUUCUAACUGUAUUGAGUUUUAGUUCUGAAUCCUAUGGAUUUUUGAAAGUAUCGGCUAUGCCAUUUCAGUCACAUUAGUAUACGACAUAAGUUAUGUCUGGUAACGGAGAACAGGUUCAUAUUGGACCUAUUUGUACCUUCUUUCUAAGGUUUUUACUGCCAAUGUACUUGCAUGAACUUUAUGAUGAACAUAAUGAUUUUUAUGUCCAGGUUUGGAGCACUCCUCUUUAGCGGUUUUAAAUGUUGAUGAUUUUUUUAAAAGCUGCACUAAUUUAGAUUUUAAACAAGAUGUUACAUAGUGUCUUAGUGAUUGACCGAUCUGCUCAUAUUGUCUUAUUGUUUUUGCUAUUGGUUAUUUUAUUUGAAAUGUCUAUGGUUUUUGCCCUGGAACAUCCAGUGAACUGCUAUGCUGCUUAAAAUGUUAUCGUGGCCAAAACCUGUUAAACCUGAAGUUUAAAAGCUCUUCGAACGACUAACAUUUCUUAUUCUUCUCAGGUGUUCUGGAUGGGAUCCAGAAGCGCUUUGUGUUUUGCAGAACCACGGCUGAAUAACCAUAGUUGACUCCUUCUCUCCGUAAUAGGUUGGAUCCCGCCGACUGACACCUUGCGUCAAUGCUAACACUGUUUGUUUGAUUUGCAGGUCCUGUGAGAACACAAUUGACAAAUCUUUCUUCAUCUUGAUAAUUCAGUCAAUUUUGCAGCAUGGUUUUGGACCUCAAACACCCUUGGCCAGACUUCUCCUUCUUCCAACCUCUUUCCCCCCCCCCCCCAAACCUCCGAGGUUGGCGUUGACUCAGUUGAGGUGUGUUGUUAUUGUGGUGGUUGUUGCUGCUCUUAACCCUCUGUAUCAAGCAGGGGCCUUGCCUGGAUUACCUUUGUUUGUUAGCCCAAUGGAUGGAGGUUAACAUCUCUGUGACGACACCCGGGGGUCACAGAUCAGACACACUUAAAGCCACUCGCUUCCACUCCACCCAACUCAUGCCAGCUAUGCUCGGCAUUCAAAUGUUUGGUUGGAUCGUGGAAAAGGUACUACACUGAUUUCUUGUGCGGUGUGAUAUUGUCAAGCACUGGGGGAAAAAACGGACUUGAAUCGUUGAAAGAAGUACCAAAAUGUAUGUUUCACAUUUGUGUUGGAAGACAUGUUGAUCCGUCGAGAUUGUUCAACCCCAGAGUUUGUGAUGCGAUGUUGUUGUUUAAGAACUUCAGUGUUUUGUCCGUGAAAUGUUUGCCUGUGAUGCGUUUGUACACUGAAUAUUGAUGCAACACGUUGAACAGUUAAAAUGAUUUUUACGAAAUAUACAAGCUACAAUGUAACUUUGUUGACUAGUUAAGUGAUUCUUACCUAAAUAAACACUUUUAAAUGUA